CAUGAAUUAGGCAGCAUUGAAUGUUUUCCUUUGCUACAAUCAACCAUUGUAUAGCUCUGUAAACAGCUAAGUGUACUGUGGUCGUGAUGUACCGGUUGUGACUGUGGAAGUGGAACAGCAUAAAGAACACUCGUCCUGUAAACUAUGACAGGAGUAACUAUCUGUGUUGGAACGGUCACUGCCAUAAAAGCAGUUUGGGAGGUACGCAUAAAGAAACAUAAAGAAGAGUUACAGAAGGAGAAGACGUUCAACCAGAAAGCAGCUAUAGGGAGGCUAGCAACAGCAUCUGUCUGGGAAGAUUGGAUUACUUUAGCUAAACUGAAAGAAAAAGUUGUCACUGAAGAUGGAAGAAUAAUUCUGAAAGUAGAAAAGGAAGAAUGGAAGAAACUUCCAUCAGUUUUACUGAAAAUGACCUACCUUCAAGAAUGGCAACUCCACAGAAUUGGACUUGAGAGAAUUCCACAUUUCAUUGGACAGUUUGAUAACCUAAUUGUUUUGGAUUUAGCACGGAAUGCCAUAAGCCACAUUCCUAAGGAAAUUGGGCAGCUGACCAAAAUUCGUGAACUUCUUCUCAGUUAUAACAGAAUUAAGAUGGUCCCUGCAGAACUAAGCAACUGUCUCAAUCUGGAGAAACUGGAACUAGCUGCAAAUAUGCAUCUUUCUGAGCUCCCAGGAGAGCUCAGCAGUCUGAAGAAACUUUACCAUUUAGACCUUUCCAUAAACCAGUUCACCACCUUCCCAUCAGCUAUCCUGAGUAUGCCAGCAUUAGAAUGGCUAGACAUGGGAGGCAACAAGCUUGUCAAACUACCAGAGGAAAUAAACAGGAUGGAGAAGCUACACACACUAUGGCUGCAAAGAAAUGAAAUAACACAUUUACCGAGCACCAUCAGUGAGAUGGCAAACCUAACCACGCUUGUUCUCAGCAGUAAUAAACUUCGUACAAUCCCAGUCUGCAUGGAGCACAUGACAAACUUAAGAUUUGUCAACUUCAGAGAUAAUCUUUUGGAAUAUGAAGUAACACUUCCACCAUGUGACAGUCCAGAAGAGGAAGAAGAAAGGGAGCUUUUUGGAAGAGAAUUUAUGCAGUACUACAUUCAGGAAAUAAAAAACAGAGCAGCUCCUCCCAGACAUGCGGACAGCACUUGAAACCAAAGGAGACCCUUUAAAUGCUGGAAAGUGCUCCCUCCUUUUCCAUAAUGACAAUCGGGUAGCCCAAAAGAAAUACGUGACUAACAGGGCCAAGCUUGCACAUCUUGGUAGGGUGAGGUAAUAUCUGAGGAUGGUCAUGUGACAUUUUAAUUGUUAUUUAAGUUUAGAUGAAUGGAUUUUCUACAGGAAUCUGUUGAAGACUUUAAGUUUCAGACAGAAGUGCUUAUAGAAUAAAA